AUGGCUCAGAUGAACACAUUACCUACCACCGUGGUGAACAAGCCUGUUCAGAAGAAAACCAUUGCCACUCGAACCACAGGCACAGGGAUCAGACCUCAAGCUCACAACCAGACCAGAGCUAAACCAUUAAUUACCAAACCUCUUCCAUCGUCACGCCAGGAAGAAUCUACUAAUGCCCCUAAACGAAGAUGUCCCACAAGGACCACAACAGCGGCAGUCAAAACACGUCAGCAGGAGGGUUUAGCAAAAACUGUGAAAUCAGUUGCUCAGCCCUCAGAGCAGAGCUCUAAAGUUGAGGGAACUGGUGCCGCUCGAUUGUGGGGGGCUAGCUCUCAGGCAUCCUCAGGGGUUGCGAACCGGUGCCAUUCCAAGGUGGUAAACAGGGCUGCUCAAGUAGCAGAGCUGGCAAGGAAAAGCAAGGAAUGUAGCAGGGCAGUCAACAAGAAGGAAGGUGGUUCGACGGAAGUCCAGCCUGUGCUGAGUGCUGGUCCAUCUGUACCACAGAAGGUACCAUGCUCUGCUAAGAGCUGCAGGCAAGUGCUAAGGCCUGAAGACAUGAAGACUCCCAAGGUUCGACGUGGGGUCAUGCCCCAGACAGAGACAAAGAGGCCAACUGCUGCCCAGGAGGAGAGAAUGAGGAAGCUACAGGAAUGGCGGGAAGCCAGGGGCAUCUCCUAUAAGCGGCCACCCAUGCCAGUGAAGCCCCAGGGCAGACGCACAGUUGCACUGGCCCGGCCCUACUGGGAUUACAUGGAAGAAAAUGACGAGGCUAACUCCCUUAUUUGUGCUGUGGAUCGGUCCCUGGCUGACUGUGUCCGAAUGCUGGAAAAGGGCUGCCCCCCAGAGCAGGGAAAGGAGGUCCUCUCCCGUUUGCCUGCAGUGGCCAAGAAGUUUGCCAAGUACUGGAUCUUUCAGGCCCGUCUGAUGGAAAAAGAGGGAAACUAUGACAUCUUGCCUGUGUUUCAGGAAGCCGUUCGUGUGGCGUCUGAGCCUCUAGAUGAGCUGCGGACUGUGGUGUUUGAGAUCCUGAAGAAAAAAGACAAGGAGGGGCAGGAGACGCCAGGUCAGGGGGACCAGAGGAAGGAGACACCGGGUCAGGGGGACCAAUCUCCUGAGGGUACAGACGACCUUUUAGUUACUCCUAAGCCUGUCAGAGCCCUCAUCUUCGGGAACAAAGGGGACUCUUCUGUAAUCAAGUACAAGAUCACUGCCACCCCUGGUGGUCCUCAAAGCCAGAAGAGGGAGCCAGUGCAGGUCAAUGGCCAGGAGGUGCGGUUCUUCACCCCUGUGAGGCGGUCGAUAAGAAUCGAAAGGACCUCGGUUCGCUACCCAGCCUCCCUCCAGGACCACGAUCUCUGCGUGGCCUCCUACGACGACAUGAUGGCUGAGGAGGAGAGGGGCAGUGAGGAAAAAGGGGGAGAAGCCAGCUCAUCCCCGACAGACACAACCAUGUAUGUCUACAGGGAGAAUGAGGCCUUAAAAGAUCAAGUACACAUCCAACUUGUUUACAGUGAUGACUGA